AUGCUGGCCGACAGCCUGGUGGAGGAGUUCGAGAUCCGUGAGGAUGAGCCCUGGUACGACCAGCAGGACCUGCAGCAAGAUCUUCACCUUGCUGCUGAGCUUGGGAAGACACUACUGGACCGUAACACUGAACUGGAAGAAUCUUUACAGCAGAUGUAUGCAACAAAUCAAGAGCAACUGCAGGAGAUAGAGUACCUCACAAAGCAAGUGGAGCUCUUGCGUCAGAUGAAUGAUCAGCAUGCAAAAGUCUAUGAACAGCUGGAUGUGACAGCAAGAGAACUAGAAGACACUAAUCAAAAACUAGUUGCGGAGAGUAGAGCUUCACAACAAAAGAUACUAAGCUUGACAGAGACUAUUGAAAAUCUGCAAACACACAUAGAUGACCUGCAGCGACAAGUAGAAGAAUUGAAAAAGUCUGGACGAGGCCGGAUGAGCCAUGAGAGAUCUGACCAGCCAAGAUCAAUGCAUAGUUUCUCAUGCUUGAAGGAGCUGUAUGACCUUCGCCAGUAUUUUGUUUAUGAUCAUGUGUUUGCAGAAAAGAUUACUUCGAUGGAUAGUCAGCUAAGUCCUCUAGAAGAAGAAAACGAGAACUUAAAAAAGGCAGUUACAGUUCUGCAAGCCCAACUUAACGUAGAAAAAGAGAAGAGGGUAACAAUGGAAGAGGAAUAUAGCCUUAUGGUAAAAGAAAACUGUGACCUUGAACAGAGGCUUGUUGAUACAGACUUGUAUCGGGCUCGUGCAGAGGAGUUGGAAGUGGAAGUAGCUGAAAUGCGACAAAUACUUCAGUCUGAAAACACAUUCCAUAAUGCAGAGAAAUUGGUGCCGGAAUCCUUUUUCAUUUCAUUCAAGGAAUCUUUAGAAAGGGAGCUUGGUCAGAGCCUGGCAGAUGAUGGACUUCUGACUGCAUCGGAGCUUGAGAAGAAGGCACUGAAACGGAGCAGCAGCGAAACUUUCUUAAGCAGUGCUGCAGGGGGAGACAUUCUAAGGGGCCAUGAAGAAACAUGUAUUAGGAGAGCUGAAGCUGUGAAACAGCGAGGAAUCUCUGUACUUAAUGAAGUUGAUGCUCAGUAUAAUGCUCUGAAAGUGAAGUAUGAGGAACUUUUGAAAAAGUGUCAAAUGGAUGAAGAUUCUUUGAAACACAAGGCGGUACAAACACUGAAGCAGUAUUCCAGAGACCUAAACGUGGGGAAUACCCAGUAUGAUCUUUCAGCUGGCAAUCAAGAAUGCAUAAAUGUGGAGCUAAGUGACUCUCCCACAAAUGCUCUUCCUGAAUAUAAAGCACUCUUCAAGGAAAUUUUUAGCUGUAUCAGAAAAACAAAGGAAGAAAUAGAUGAACACAGAGCUAAGUACAAGGCCCUCUCCUCUCAGCCAUAA